AUGUCUUUCGGGGCCGUCAUCUCGGAUCAAACUACGAGGAGGCCAGCCUCCAAGUACAUCCAUUCAUCGCGUCAAAUACCUCGCACUUAUGCACAUAUGGGCCAGUCUUAUCAGCCAUCGCUCGUUGAAAGCGAUGGCUCUGAAGACAGGGACUCUUUUGAGGGAGAGUCUCUGGCCCGAUCAAGCUCCGACACUUUUCAACCCUUUGUGCGUGCUCAGGCUCCGCGACUGUCGCUGCAGAUCCAUGACGGUUCUUCCACACCGUUGCCUACAAUCUCGCAGACGAACGUCACGGGUCGAUCAUCCUUUGGAUAUGCAAGAGAUAACGGCAGUACCCUUGAUACCCCUUCUCCAAUAUCCAGGUCAUCACUGGAUUUUGUGUUCCGAUCUAAGACUCGGACGAGUGUUGACCCCGUGUCCCGGGCAGCUACAAUCCAGGCGGCGCGUCAAGCUUUCGAGGAGAAGGAAGAAGCCAAAAACCGCAAGCUCGAGCAACAACAGAUGAAAGAAGAAGAGAGGCAGACGCGCCGCAGGGAACAGCAAUACUGGCGAACAUCGAUGAGAGAUGACGAGAUGCAUUCGUCGACGCCCGAGGAAAAGACUGACACAGCGGAAACGCCUCAUGCUACCACCACUUCCCAGCAACAGUCGACACUAAAAUCAUGGAAAUCUCGAUCCAAAAACACUUGGAUGAUUUUCAUAAUCUGGCUACGAACCAGAGUCUUUAAAUUGCGAAGAAGAAUAAGAAAAAUCCAAUGA